GUUCGGACGUCUUCCCUGAAUCAUCAUUAGCCGGCCACGACAGCUGUUAUUGUAAACAUGUUUCACUAAAUAUUUUUGGGUUAUUUCUUAUUUUUCGAUUUUAAACGAUUAGAAAAUGCUUCCACUUCAUAAAGAUGACCGGGAAUACCGGGGACCAGGCCUACUCGGCAAGAUCACAGGAUGGAUGAGAUUAAUAUUCUCAGAAAAGACUUCAAGGAAUAUUUUCCUUUUCCUUCUCCUAAAUUUGUCAUUUGCCUUCGUUGAGCUGGCAUAUGGAGUAUGGACAAACAGUUUGGGGCUUAUAUCAGAUUCAUUCCAUAUGUUUUUUGACUGCACGGCAUUGCUAGCUGGUCUAGCAGCAUCAGUUAUAUCUCGAUGGAGAGCCAAUGAAGCGUUCUCAUACGGAUAUGUGCGUGCAGAAGUUCUUGCUGGCUUUGUCAAUGGGCUUUUCCUGCUGUUUAUAGGAUUUUUCAUUUUCUCAGAAGCUGUUGAGCGUCUUGUGGAGCCACCAGAGGUUCGACAUGAGCGUCUGUUUCUGGUGUCUGUGGGUGGAUUCAUUGUAAACAUGAUAGGGAUAUUUGCCUUCCAGCACGGCCAUAAUCAUUCCCAUGGUGGUGGUGGCGGUGAUCAUGGGCAUUCGCACGGGGGACAUGGACACUCGCACGCGGGACAUGGACACUCCCAUGGCCUGGGUAUUUCCGAGAACGAUGACCAUGGACACAGUCACAACAAAGAAGCCAAACAACAAGUCUCACAGACGCAGAUCAUGCACGGUGUAUUUCUGCACAUUCUUGCCGACACGUUGGGUAGCGUUGGUGUUAUAAUCUCGUCAGCUCUUAUUCAUCAGUUUGGCUGGAUGGUGGCUGACCCUGUGUGUUCAAUGUUUAUUUCAACUUUAAUCAUCAUAAGUGUGUUCCCAUUACUCCGCGAUUCAGUUGGGAUCUUAAUGCAGAGAACACCUAGAUCCUUAGACUUCGUGCUGCCUGGCUGUUAUCAAAGCGUUAGCCAGUUGGAAGGUGUAUACAGUGUUCAAGAGCCGCACUUCUGGACGCUAUGUAGCGAGGUUUUCGUCGGCACAAUUAAACUGGAAGUUGCGUCAAAAGCUGACGCUAAAUACAUACUCAGUCAAACCCACAAUAUUUUUACUCAAGCUGGGAUAAAACAAUUGUAUGUACAGUUGGACUUUGCAGCCAUGUAGCAGUGAUGCCACCAAUUUGUCAUAUAUACACAGACAUUGAAAUUAGACAGUUGCCUGAAUUCCUGCAUUGCUACGUGAACUUGGCUUGAAAAAGCCUUGUUAUGGUAAAUUCAGAUUUUGAACAAGCCUGGAAACACUUGACCAGUGCAGGGCUUGUGGGCUUGGGCUAAUUUUGACCGCUGUAUACACACCGUCGCACGUCCAUUUGUAUAUUCUGCCUGGCACAAGGAUACUGGCAAGAAAGUACAGACUACAGUCAGCAGUUGUGAUCUUGUUUCUGCCUUGUAACUCCUUCCACCAAGCCAUGUCUGUUAGAUAAUUACAUGUUUUUAAUUAGGCCAUUCUUAAAAAAAAAUCUGAAUUCAUUUUUAUUUUUUUUACCAUUGUAUUAAGCAUUAAAAUUUUACUAUGACAUUUUGUUUUCCAGUCUGAAUGUGAAUUCUGCACUCAGUUAUGAUAUUUUUUAACUGAUCCAUAGACCCACAGAAUUAAUAUUGUGAGGAGCUAGUGCAGACAAAACUGAUUUUUUUUAAAGAUAGUCAUUUAAAGAUAGCCAUUUUAUAGAUUUUUUUUGUUCGCAAAUUUUAAAAAUCAAUUUAUAACACACAGCUACCUGAGUUACCAGUACAUUCUUAUUUUACAACUUAAUCAACUUUAGAAUAACUACCUACGGAUGCUAUUUUAUUUUAUAUGCAACUAUAUUUCUAUAGUUUAUUUGGUAAAUUAUGCAUUUUAAAUGUGUUGUUUUGGUUGUAUACUAGUUAUAAUUACUCGAUCAGACAAUCCAAGUAUUAAGUCAAAAUCAUGAUAUCAAAGAGUAUAUGAGUAAAACAAAGUAUAUUAUGACACUACACACUGAUCACAAAGAUUUGGUUAAAAUAUACGCAACUUUGCUGAGUUCACAUUCCAAAAAAGGUAAUCUUGUACAUUACAUUUCUGUUUUCUUGCCUAAAAAUUCUAAGUGAUUAGAUUUGAACCAUUGAAAUUUAAUUGAAUCCUGUAGAAGUAUGACAAUUAAGAUACUUAAGUAUUAAGGUUGUUUUAUCCAUUCAACCAUUUUAAGCAUAUUUGUUUUUAAAAGGAAAAAGGUUGAGAUAUUGUUAAAGCCUUGGUGUUGUUUGUCGUUGUCAGUGGAGUCAUCUUCAGUAACCCUGACUCUAAAACCAAUUCAAGAUAUAUAGAUGAAAUUUGGUUCACUUCGGACAAUACAUACAUGUUUAAAAGGCCCAUAACUCUUGCUUUAAUAAUUGAGUUAUUCCUCUUGUUUGACUAGAAAAAUCACAACAACGAGUGUUGGCAUUCCCCUGUGGUGCUUUUGUUAUGAAUGGAAGUCAUUCUGCAUAUUUAAACAUUGUUGCAGUGUCAGCUUAGUGUGCAAUAGUAAUCAACAUUCUCUGGUGCUGGUUGGUAGUUGCUUUUAUUAGUGUUCGACUGGCAGUGUUUUAUAACUAAUACAAGGCUGUCCUCAAAAAGUUGUUUAUUUCCGGAUAUCUAUUAACUCGCCUAAAAUUCGCAGACUUAAACCUUAACCCUUGUCUGGGGUAGGCGAAAACUUGACUGGAGCACCAGUGGAUUUAGUCAUAUUCAGUGAUCAAAUAUUAUUCGUCUUGGUCAAAUCAAGUACUUUAAGCUAACCAUUGAUAAAAGUCAGUUAACUGUUAACAAGCAGUAUUUUUAAGGACGGCCUUUUGAGCUGCUAUGUUCAAAUGUUUUACCUUGAAUAUUGAAAGGAGUCUACUACCAUUAUAUGUAUUGUAUGUCAUAAUAACAUAAUUGUAAAAAAAUUUGAAAUAAGCAUCUGUGCUCACUGUAAAUUGCUAUUAUAAGUACAUGUAUAUCUAAGGGGAUAAUAAUUGUUUUGAGUAAAUUUUUUAUUCUCAAACUCAAAUUGUUUUAAAUGUACUUUUACUUAACUGAUAUUAAAUUUUGGGAAAUGUUCCACAAACAAAAAUUUCUAGAAAAUGGUGUUUCACACCCACUAUCUAAUUUUGCAAAAGAAUUUUGAAGACUUAGAGUCAAUAUCAGUAACAGUCCUUUAUACAUGGUCUCCAAACAAUGUAUUAUAAAAGUUUUGAAAAUGAGUGAUAUUAUGUGUCUCCUGUGUCUGUGCCAAAGGUAUAUUCACAACUUUGUUGUUCUCACAACUUGUAGUUGACAUGUCAACAAUUGAUGUUCAAAACACUGAAAUAUAUUUGUAAUUGACCAAAUUUGUUAAGUUGUAUUUUGCAGUAUUUAAAUAAGUAUGUUGAUAGAUACUGCUAGUAUGUGCAUUGUUUUAAGGUAUCAAAAAUACAUUUAAGCUUGUCAUUUUAUUGAGCCAUUGUCAAUAUUAUUAUAUAAUGAUGCCUGGUGACCCUCAUGUGAUUUUGGUAUUAUUUGAAAGGGAAUAUGAAAUAUAUAACUGGAAAUACACUACAUACAAAAAUAGUACAGCUCGUAAUUUUGUUCUUCAUUUCAACUGAAAUCAGGUGUGAACUGACCAAUUUUGCAAUCGUUCAAGGCCAUAAAAGCUAGUUUAAAAUAUACUCUUUGAUGAUUUUUUUUCACAUGUUGUUUCUCUACAUUUAAAAUCCUUUCAAAACCCCAGGGAAUACCAAAAUAAUAUUGGGUUACCUUGCAUUGAAACUUCACAUAGUUGUACACCAGUUAUUGAAAAAUAUCACCAGUUUAGAUCUGAUGUUCAGCUUUUAUUCAGUAUGGUCAUGUAACCAGUAUUGCAUAUAGAAAAUACAUGAAACUGUUAAUUUCAUUUCACAAACAAUGAGUGAGUUUACUUAUGUACUUCUGUUAAAGUGAGCAAGCAGUUUAACAUGUGUAAUAUAUGUAUGACUGGUAUGUCACACCUUUUUGAAUAUGACGAAGUAUAUUUAUUUAGGAAAAAAUAAUGGCAUUUUCAUUGUGAAUGGAUGUUUUAUGAGAAAUACAAUGCAUGUGAUAUUGAGUGUGUAUAUAUAAGUAUAAUGUUUAUUCAUAAUUUAUUUAGAUAGGUUGGAAGUAGUCAUUGUAAAGCCAUGGCCAAUAAACUGUUAAAAAUGCAUGACCUAUCUGCAACAGACGCGGUCUGUCUCUCCUUAAUUGUGAACACAUUCAUACAAUAUCCAGGGAUUAGAAUGUUCUGGAUUAAUCCUUGAAUCAGGAUUGAGAGCUGUUCACUUUCAGACAAUCGUACAGUUGUGAAGUUUGUUUUAUGCUAGAUAUUUGCAUUAAAAACAGUAAGAUGUACCAGUACCUUUGAAAUGGAUAUACAAUGUAAAUGGCCUUGAAAACAGUUCAUCUGUGGCUGUAUUCAUAAAGCAACUUAAGUUUAGUAGAAAAUUGCGUUGUUUAAAAGAUUGUUAAGAAAUAUUACCGUCUUUGUUUAACAAAUAUAGAAAAAAAAACAAGAAAAUGGUCAUAACAAUGAAUUCAUGUGAAUAAAUUUGAUGAAAAGAGGAGGGGAUUUAAAAUGCUGUCAAAUAUUAGGUUUUUAAAUUUAGAUACAUUCACCAAGAUGCUUUAUUAAUAUGGCCCCAGGGGUCUGAAUCCUUCAUCUUUAAAAUUAAUUUUCAGGAUUGUAAUUUUGCGUCUGCUAUCAUCCCUGUAUAUCAUCCAAUCGCUAUGUUUUUACUUUAUGUUCGUUUUAACUGUUCAUAAUAUUCGCUAUGGUUUAAAUAAUUUGAAUCAAGCUAAACUUGAUGAAGAUCACAACUUAUGUACUGUCGAUUCCUAUUCAGUUAAGUGGAAUGAUUAACACUUCUACCAUUAAACGUGAGGAAAUCAAAAAUCUCUAUACACUUGUGCACAAUGCAAUCAAUUUUGUUUAAGUGUAGUGCAAAUUUUUUUUAACACUUUUAUUUCCAUGGCUUUACAUACAUUUUAUAACAUUCAUUUGAAUCAUUUUAUUAAUAGAAGCUGUCAAUGUCAUAUUAGAUAGUUAGGAGUAUUCUCAUGUAUCUAGUCUUGAUAAUUAAGGUUUUUUGAAUUAUAAAUAGUGUUUUAUUAUUGGCAUUAUUGCUAUAAUGCUACUUUAUUUUUUAUUUUACAAGUAUAACCUCCUUAUUUCAAUGGUUUUGAUAAAUGUAUGUAUUUCCAUUUUCUAGUUUAUGUGAUACUUUUUUUCGCUGAAUGUUUAUUACAUACAUUUUUGUGCCAUCUAAUCUGUGUACAAGUUGUUUGUGGAAAUGCAGAACAAAAAUUAUGAUAUUUAGCCAAAAUAUUGAGUAAGAGGUCGAAAGUAACAGUAACCAUCAGUUUUAUCACCACACUGUUAUUAAUCUAGUCAUUUCAUAUAACAAGUUAUUGGAGAAAUCAAUGUUGCCAUGCAUUCAACAGCAACCAAGACUGACACUGAAUUGUUUUUUUAAGAAAAGAAAUAAAAUAAAAGAAUUUCCAGAAAGUAAGACUUUUGUCUAGUCUUAAGAAAUACAUGCAUAAAAAAACUAACCAGUAUUUCUUCAUGAAAAAACAUGUGUCUUCCAUUGUCCCUAUUUCAUAAUGGAACUACAAGAAAAAUAUUUGUUUUAAAAGUUUUUAAGACUUAAGCUCAAAGUGUAAUCACUUUUGAAUCUCCUAUUAACAUGCACUGCAAAGUAAGGUCCUUUUAUAUUAUAGGAUUCUGUUACAUCGAAAAAGGACAGCAGCUGUAUGCCUUUCUAAUGUAUCAUGUUUGCUGGAAAGUUAUGACUAAGAAUUCACAGUUGACAGUUCCAAGUCCCGUAUAAUGUUGCCCAUAUAAUGUUGAAGAAUAACCACCUAUCAUUGCUAUCUUUUAUUAACACUGGUCUUUCACAUUUUAAUAGACUUUUGGAAUUUUCUUUUAAGGAACACAUGCUUUGUAGAUGAAUACAAGUGUUUAAUUGCAUAAUUUUGAAUUUAUAUGUGGUUGUUAAAAGUGUGUAUGACCAAAAUUGUUAUUUAUAUAUAUUAUGUACAUGUAUUGCUGAAAUAUUGCUGGUUAUGGAAACUGACAAAAUAUAUAUUUAUAAAUUCAAA